AUGGUGGUGAUCAGAUGGGAAGAGGAGUACACGGUGCGUGUCCAGCUUCAGGACCGAGUGGUUGAGCUGCAGGAGGAAGCCCAGGAGGCUGAAGCCUGCCAGGAGGAGCUGGCCAUGAAGGUGGAGCAGCUCAAGGCAGAGCUUGUUGUCUUCAAGGGACUGAUGAGCAAUAACAUCACAGAGCUGGACACCAAGAUCCAGGAGAAGGCCAUGAAGGUGGACAUGGACAUCUGUCGGCGCAUUGACAUCACUGCCAAGCUGUGCGACGUGGCGCAGCAGCGGAACUGCGAGGACAUGAUCAAGAUGUUUCAGAAGCAACUGGUCCCAGCCUCGGUGGGGCGGAAGCGGGAGCGCAAGCAGGUCAGUGACGAAGACACCUCGCUGUCAGAGAGCGAUGCCUCCCGAAAACCUGAAGAGGAAGAGGAGGACGAGACCACAGCCAUGAGUAUCAAUGAGGAAAUGCAGAGGAUGCUGAACCAGCUGAGGGAAUAUGACUUUGAGGAUGACUGUGACAGCCUCACGUGGGAGGAGACAGAAGAAACGCUGCUCCUCUGGGAGGACUUCUCUGGAUACGCCAUUGCAGCCGCAGAGGCGCAGGGGGAGCAGGACGACAGCCUGGAGAAGGUGAUCAAGGACACGGAGUCGCUGUUCAAGAGCCGUGAGAAGGAGUACCAGGAAACCAUCGACCAAAUAGAGCUGGAGCUGGCCACGGCCAAGAACGACAUGAACCGGCACCUGCACGAGUACAUGGAAAUGUGCAGCAUGAAGCGAGGCUUGGACGUGCAGAUGGAGACUUGUCGGCGGCUCAUCACCCAGUCUGGGGACAGAAAGUCUCCUGCCUUCACCCCGGCCUCCAACAGCGAGUCGGCCCCGAACGAGGAGAGCGAGGAGUCCGACCGCGACCCCCCCAGCGACGCUUCCAUCAGAUAAUGAGGGGAGGCCCCGCUCCCUCGGACCCCCUUUCCUGGCACGGGGGUGCCUGAGCCGCGCCUGGGAGAGACUGUCAGGGGCGUGGAGCCGCUGGUAAACGGCCCAGGCUCUCUCCCGUUUCGGGGUGCUUGGCGGAUUGCGCACCCCCCACCACCGGAUACCUUGCAAAUGGGAAUAGCCAGAUUGUCCUGAGGGCCCUCGCCGGGCCGCUCAGCCUCCAGCCCCUUCGCUAUUCUCUUCCCCUGCUUUGGUUAAACUGCGGUUCGGGCUGGGAGGCUCCAAACUUGCCACGGUGGCGUUCUCCAGGACCUGUCCCCAAACCCAUCUCCUCCGUCCU